AUCAAGAUUCAGGUCCCACUGCUUUAGUUUGCACAAGCAGGAGGAGUUUUGCUUGAAGAUAUACUGAAACUCGAACCCCAGCCUGGUUUGUUUGCCAGCAGGUGCUUCACAGCUGUCAACCUGAGUUGUAAGUGGCAGCUACUGUAAGUAGCUUCUGUGCACUAUGAAGAAUUUUUCAUUUCCUACGCAGGAUAACACAUAUCAGACCGAGAGUCCUUCUCACAGAUUCCCGAGUUUGACAAAUCAGUCAGAUCCUGUUGGAAGACCAGAAAGAGAUGAACAAUUAGCUCAAGUAGAGAUUGCUGUACUGGGGGUCAUAUUUCUGACAGCAUCUGUGGGCAAUUUUAUUCUCAUACUGGUUCUGUGGCGAAGAAGAAAGAAGCUCUCUAGGAUGUAUGUGUUCAUGCUUCACCUCAGCAUUGCUGAUUUAGUAGUAGCCUUUUUUCAAGUGCUGCCUCAACUCAUAUGGGAUGUUACAGAUGUUUUCAUAGGGCCAGAUUUCUUGUGCAGAAUUAUCAAGUACCUACAAUUGCUGGGCAUGUUUGCCUCUACUUAUAUGAUAGUGGUCAUGACAGUGGACAGAUAUCAAGCAGUUUGCUACCCUAUGGUCACAUUCCAAAAGAAGAGAGCUCUCUGGAACAUCCCCAUUUUCACCAGCUGGUUUAUAGCACUGAUUCUUAGCCUACCACAGGUAUUUAUCUUUUCUAAGACUGAAAUAUCUCCAGGUAUCUUUGAAUGUUGGGGUGAAUUUAUUCAACCAUGGGGCCCAAGGGCAUAUGUGACUUGGAUUUUUGUAGUUAUAUUCUUCAUUCCCUCAGCCAUCCUUAUCACAUGCCAGGUUAAGAUUUGUAAAAUAAUCAGAAGAAAUAUAUAUGUGAAAAAACAGAAUGAAUGUGAAGCAACAAAUCAGAAGCAAGUCCUGCCAUCCCGAGCAAGCAAUGUGAACUGUAUUUCAAAGGCUAUGAUCAAGACAGUAAAAAUGACAGUGGUGACAGUUGUUGCAUAUGUGCUCUGUUGGUCACCUUUCUUCAUUGCGCAGCUGUGGUCUGUGUGGUUCCCCAGUGUCGUGACUGAAGGUUCGGCAUUCACCAUUAUCAUGCUCCUUGGCAAUUUAAAUAGUUGCACCAACCCAUGGAUUUACAUGUAUUUCUGUGGCCACAUUCCAUAUUGCACAAAUAAGCAAGUGGAGAAUACCUCAGCUCAAGAGGAAUCGAUGAUCACAGGGAGCAUUCACCUUGUAGACAGAGACCCUGAGGAAAACAGUACUUCUGCAUAAAUACUGAAUGCUUUUUGAUGUUUUGCUGCAUUCCCUCUAUUUGUAAGACAUAUCCAUAUUUUAUGAUCAUCCCUUAUUUUGCGGAUAAGGAAGCUGGAAAAUUGUCUUUUGCUGCACAAAUAUAUAUUUCUCUGCAGUUCUGUAGCAUACACAGGAAGUUUCUGUGUUGUGCAAGCCAGACUCAGUGCUUCCAUCACCACUGUCUUAUCAGAAUGGAUUUUUGUUAAAAAAAAAAAAGCAUCUUACAUGUUUUGUGUCCAAAAGUACUUUCUGGUCUGUGAUUCUGGAUUUCUAAGUAGUAACAUUUUGCAACUAACUGAUCCAACAAAUUGAGACAUAAUUGUGAAGGAACCUGACGUGACUAAAUUUGAAUAUGUUUUCAAAUUGAACAACGAAUUGUUCAUCAUUGUGGUCUGAUUGGGGAACAGUCUGACAAAUCUUAAAAGGGCAGCACAAAGUCAGAAAAAUCUUUUGCCAGCUAUUAAUAGUAACUGGUUUAAAUCAAUUCCUUAUAUACAUUUAUAAAAUGCCAAGCCGCUUAAUAUAAUUAAAACAAAAAAAGGAAUUUGUGCUUGUUACACAACAUCUACUUCAGUUUCAAAUUCCAUUGUGGUGGCAGGUAUCAGCAGCAUAGCAGCAGUCCAGGUUUUUGGCUUCACGCCAUGGGAUUUUAUCUUCCAUGAAUUCCCUGAUGUGCAAGCAGUUAACUGGACACCUCCCUACACCCCGUACACAUGCUUAUACAUACUUUAACUAAAAACGGGUGUUAGGAGUGUACACUUUCAUUUGGUAUUCAGACCUAUUUGUUCUGGCAUGAAAUUUAUUGGCUGAGUGUGCUUAGACCCCCUUCAGGCUCAAAUUUAAUUAUUUCCCUUCAUGGUAAAAAUGGCUCUGCAUAUUUUUAUCUCAAAAUGCUGUUUGGUUGCUGAUUUGUGGGUGUUAUAUGCAGGUAGCUAGUUAUUCCCUUUCAAUGUAUGCAAUCUAAUCAGAGGAGGAUGGUAGGAAUAUUAGCAAGGCUCUUUCUGGUGAGAAUAGAGCUGCAUUCCCAGAGAUCUUUGGUGACACUUGCAUACCAUCUGCCUACAUUGUACUGUGUUUCAGCAGUGCUAUUCACAUGUCAUUUUUCUGAAUACUAGCAGUCUCAAAUAUUGGUGGAAAAGCUAUAAAAUUGUGGGGGUUUAAUUGUCUUUAAAUCAUAUUCAAAUAUUGAUUUAAACUAAAUACUGAUCAGAUUAUGAGAAGUACUGCUGUACAGUGAAUAGUUACGCUUCAGGUUAAUCUGUGCUGAUAUGACUGAAUAUUUUAUAUUUUCUAUUGCCUGUAUUGUUAGACCAAAUAUUGCUGUCCUUUGUGAUAGGAAAAGCUAAUGUCCCAGUCCAGCUGGCAAAAGGAAUGGAUCUUGGGCAAGUAGAAAGAGAAGGAAGGUGGACCAAGGCAGUACCAGUGCCAGACAGGAAUGAGAAGAGUCUAUGAAGUCUCUUAUAAAAAUUGCAAUUGAUAUUUUUGCUUGUGUUUUCCCCCUCUCUUUAAUCAAUAGUUAUUAAUUCUACCCCACAACAAAUUCAUUGUUGGAGCAAUUCUCUAACUCAAGUGACAGUGUUGUUAUUUGGGGUAAGAACAUCCAAGUUAUAAUCCAUACAAUUGAUAGGGUAUUUGUUAUAUUCAGCCAUUCACUGACUUUCUAAGACUUUCAAUCAAUUAGCUCUCAGUUAGGUUUUCCCUUAUGACUGAAUAUAAUGGUUAAUGGUGGGAUUUUUAGUUUUUCUACUUCUGUUGAUUGCAGUUAGUUACAUAGUAUAACAUGCAGUGUUGAAAGGUGGUGUAAACAGAAAUGUUGCAAGGAAUUACCUGUCACUGUACAACUGUAUUUGCAGCAAAACUCCUCUAAAGGCAUUCAUUUGCAAGAAAAACAGGCAUUCAAAUAAUGCGCGAAGAGUCAUCCAGAUCCAGAACUGACAGAAGUCACAGUUCUGCUCAGACACUGCAGUGAAGCUGUGCUAUUUGACACCACCUGCUCUGGCCUCCAAUUAAAGUUAAAAAGUGUAACUUCUACUUAUAUUUCUGCAUUGCUCAUAUAUUUGUUACUGGCUUUAUAAAUAAUUUGGUAGAGCUGGUAGCUUAAAUAACAGUAGCUUAAUCUGUUCUUUAAAAGUCUGAGAGCAAUAUUAACUGACCAUAUUUCAGAUAUUUUGAUCAUGUGUUGAAUGAAAUGUCAAAACUUCUUAAAUUUGGUAAUGGUUGUUUAUUGUUUGCAAUGUUCAAAACAAUUAUAUUUUUGUCUUUCAAGUGCUUUCUUUCUGAUUUUUUUCAUUUUCUUUCCCCUGAGAUCAGUUCUGCCAUUAAGGAGAAAAAUAAAUAUUACUGUAUUAUGGUACAAGCUACAGGCUAUGGACACUUUUAGUUUCAGUCUGCCAGGAGGUAUUUGAACACAGGUAUUCCUGCUUUUUUUCUUAGCAAAAUUAACUAGGCUGCAUUUUUCAGAUGGAAUUCGUUAUCCUAAAUGACCUGCCCUGCUUACCCCAUGGGCAGCAGUGACAGACACACUCAGUGGGGAGUUUGGUUCAGGCCCGCAAUUUUCUAUCAAAACUCAUUUUCAAAUGACGGAAAAUUCCAUUUUGAUAACAUUUUUCUUUUUUUUUUUUUUUUUUUUUCUUAGUAAAGUGCCCCUUACAGAAUUUUUCUUAAAGAAAUGACAUUUAAAAAUAUAAUUAAAUUUUUCUCUUUGUAAAUUUGGCCAUCAGUAUUUUUGGAAAUUGUAGUUUGAACAUCUUGUGCACUUCUUUUCCUCUAUAGUUGGAUUCUUCAUUUGGACUAUAUCUUUCCAAUUUACUAUCACUUAGAUUUUCAACAGGUAUUAGAUUAUCUCAUUAAGAGAGAGGAUUGACUGUGGGACAACAGUGUAAUCUGUCCAGGGUGUUUAGUCAAUGUGGGAGAAUCAGAAACUGAAACGUACGAGUCCCUGGAGACACUGUGGAAGCUCAUAAAAAUGAAAAAAUCCAGUUAUCAGAUGAAAGUCUUUCUUAUCAAAGCCUAGAUUCUGUUUUCUCACACAAAUAAUUUCUGAGUAGAAAAAUACCUAGUGCACAAGUUCCCACUCUUGAAGUGAAUAGCUAUGUUGUUGAUGCUGGCACUGCAAUAUGGUUUCUGGUUAUCUGGGUGGGGAUUUUUUUUGACUUUCAAGGGUUUUGUUGCCACUUGGGAAAGGCAUAGUUCAAUAAAAGGAAUUAGAUACUUUCUUAAAAAUUAUUAUUUUAUGUGUUGCAGUACAGAUAAGAAGAAUCAAAGACAAUGUAAUCUAUUGAUUCUGUAUAGAUUUAUUACAGAAAAACUCACAAAAAACAGUAGAAUAAAAGCAAAAUCUCAACAUG